AUGGAGGGUCUUGUUGCCCUGGGCGUGGUCGCCAAUGUUGUCCAGCUCUUGGACGCGUCAUGGAAAGCGGUCGAGGUCUAUAAAGAAUUCCGUGAACGAGGUACAACCGCUCAGAUCGAUGCGAUGUCCUACGCAACCGCACAAUUGUCGGAGUGCAACCACGAAUUGCGGAUUUCACUGGAAAACGCCCCCAACAAGAUUUCGCUUUUGCAAAGCGACGUCGCACUCACCGAGCUGACCAAAACUUGCGAAGGGGUCGCCGAUGAGCUCCAAAAAGUACUCAAAUCUUUACAGAUCGGGCCAGCAGCCACUCGGACUGGUGCCCUGAUCCACGCCGUCAAGAUCAAGAUGAAAAGAAGAUGGAGGCGCCUCGAAGAACUGAAGUUCAAGCUGGAUCAGUACGCAAAAGUCUUGGACUCGAAGAUUCUCGUCCAUCUUGGCCAGAACAUGGGCACCCUCUCGGCGCAACAGACAAAUGUCGUUGACAAGCUCGACGAAUUGCAAAAGAAACUGCUCCAAGAACUUGUCAAAGGGAAUACGUGUGUCAAGGGCCUUGUUACCGCAAUGAACGAGAUGAAGCAGGUGAACGAGACGGCUGAAAACCAGAAUAAAAGCGAGCAUGUUGCCACGCGGCAACUUAUCGACAGCAAAGUCGACCACUUGGUCCAAAGACAGGCCGAGCGCGCCGAAUUGGACAACUUGCUUAAAAGUCUGCAUUUCCCAGAGAUCGACCAACGACAAGAUAGCAUCGAGGAUGCGCACGCCCAAACUUUUGAAUGGAUCUUCAAAGAUUCUGUACAACUCAACAAGCCAUGGCUCGACAAGCCCUGGAGCAGUUUCCUUGAUUGGGCCCGGAACGACGAUGACCAACUUUAUUGGAUUCUCGGAAAGCCCGGUUCUGGAAAGUCGACUUUGAUGAACUUCCUCGUCCAAGAUGAGAGACCGAAAGCUGCACUCACAUCGACGCCAUCGGACCUCCCUCCGCUACUCCUGACCUUCUUCUUCUGGGACACAGGUGUUCCCCUCCAGAAGAAUGAAAUUGGCCUUUUACGUUCUUUGAUUUGGCGGAUCCUUACCUGCCUUGACUCGUCAUCGGUCGCCCUCCCAGUAUGGGCAAAGGAAAAGAGAGCCUCCACUGUCUGGACCAAAAAGCAACUUCUACCCCUUCUUCGCAUGGCGGUAGAAGCGGUUCCCAAUCGAUUAUGUCUCUUUCUCGACGGGCUGGACGAGUUUCGAGGCCUGCAGAACGACUUCGACGCGAUUAUUGAUAUUCUCAAAGUCUUCCGCGGGCAGAAGGGCGUUAAGAUAUGCAUUUCCAGCCGGCCCUCCACCACUCUCAAAGAACUGUACCGUGAUUGCUCUAAGCUACGUCUGCAAGACCUUACCAGAGGCGACAUCACCCGUUACGUCGAGGACAGUCUGAUCAACAACUCAAGGAUGGAAUCUCUACCUCUGCCAUCUCCCGAACAAAUUGCUCAGUUGGUACACGAUCUUGUAGCCAAGGGUCAAGGGGUCUUUCUCUGGAUCCGCUUGGUCAUCCAAUCUUUGCUUCGAGGCAUGCGAAAUGGCGAUGAUCUGCGAACUCUGCAUGACCGUCUGGACCAGAUUCCAGAAGGAAUAUUCGAGCUCUAUACCCACAUGUGGAAAAGAAUGGAAGCAGACCACCCAUUCUACGCCAAAGAGGCCGCACUCUAUCUGCAAUUCGCCCGAGAGUUUGGUGUUCGGUCUCUAGUUGAAUUUGCAGUCGCAGGUAAUGAAGAGUUGCAGCGUGAAUACCUAGAUGCCUCGAACAGUCUGGACCUUGAGCAGCUGGGAAAAGGCAUCGAUCUUGAGAGAGCUCGAACGAGAUUGAUGGCAUGUUGUACCGGCUUUCUCGAAAUAGUCGAUGGACCUCGUAUACCGCCAAGCUAUCUCAAAAGUCACCGAUCUGUACUGCAGACGAGUGCUGUAGGGCAAUAUCCUACAACCGUGAACCGGCUGGUUGAGCUCCGCCGGAGCUAUUGUGAAGUUCGGGUUUCAUUCAUACAUCGAACGGCAAGGGAAUACCUUCAAACACCAGCAGGCCGGCAAUUGCUGGAGGCUAAACCAAUGCAACCUAGAGAUCUCCGCCAACUCAGGUCCCGUUGCAGGUUGGUCUUGCAGCUGUUGCUCAUCGUCGGCUACGACCCCCGGGGGUUUCACGGUGAAUUUAGGUUCUGCUUCGAUUUUGCCUGUACUGAGACUGACGAGAAUGACGACUUCAAAAUACUGUUGCAAUUAGAGGAGGUUUGCGAAACGAUCUUUUCAUGGGGAAUCUUGAACUCGUUGAACUCGGCUAAGGUCCGAAACAAGGCCCGGAACAAAUGGCCUGUCAAUCCGGACACAGGCAAAGUCGACUACGUGGAAGCAUUCUUGGAAUUUGGGAAUGCAACUUAUACGAAGCAUAAGCUGGUGAGCUCCGGCCUGAGCGAAGACCCCCAGUACCUGACCAAUCUCCUUCGGAAAGGUGUUCACAUCCUACAGUCGGAAUGGAAGGGCGGGGUUCUUCAAACAAUUCCUGUCUUGGUCUCGCUCGGGGCAGAUGUGAACGCAAGCACGGGUCAGGAUUUGCCUGGCAACGACCCAUUAUACAAAAAAGACGCAACGAUCUGGCAGCAACUUCUGAGAAAUGUGUUCUUGCGCUUGCAUGGUACCGCUUCCACAUCCCUAAAUUCCUACAAAACGUCAUAUAUUGCUUCUAUUUCGCAGGUCUUGAGGGUAUUUCUCCAAGCUGGCGCAGAUCCCAAUGCUUCAUACCACCUCGUCCUCACUAAAGGAAUGUACAGAACAAUAUCCGGGCAAACUUUCUAG